UUUUUUUUUCUUUGGCUAUAAAAGAAAUUCAAUUAACUUUCCUGUUUUAGUUGUUAUGCACAGAUGAUUCUAUAUUUAUCAGGCUUAUGAAUGGCUAGCUAGUUAUGGCAAUUAGAUGAUCUAAAAUAUUUACCAAAUAAAUUUGAUGGCUGCUAACAAAGCCAUAUUAGUCGUUGCAUCAGUAUAACCAUCAAUAUCCACCCCCUAUCCUCUCUCUCUUUUCUCUCAACUUUCCUCUAUAAAGAACCCUAAACCACCAUUUCUUCACAGAAAAAAAAAAACCCAAAAAACUAGAAAUAAAAUAAAACCUUCCUCUUAUCUUCUCUCUGCGUUUCGCUCCCCUUUCCCUCUCUUAGUAACAGUCGUACGUUUUCAGGUCUAGCAGAACGAAAAAGCCAAGAAGAAAAUUGUUUUGAUUUUAGGCCUCUCUCGGUUGUCACACAAGAGAAAAUCUGAUUUUUGUCAUAUAUAAUGGGAUUUCUCCAUAAGCUAUGGGACGAAACGCUUGCUGGCCCCAUGCCGGACAGUGGGCUUGGCAAACUUCGAAAGUAUGAUUCAUUCUCUGUACGAUCAUCACCUCCUGUUGAUGCCGCUGCAGCUAAUAGCAUUGAGGACAUGAACAUAACUCGGAGCAUUACUAUUGUUAGGACAAACAGUUCCAAAUGUUUGAGGAACAUUUCUGUUAAUUCUUGUUCCGCUCCUGAGUCGCCUGCUACCCCUAGCACUCCUACGACACCUCUGACACCUGGGAUCACAGGGACACCACGCGGGGAUUUCAGGAGAAUAACGACGAGAAAAUCGGCAGAUGAAGCAUUAGAAAGCGGCGAGCCUAGAAGUCUGACUAUUUAUGAUUGGAUAGUGAUAAAUGCUUUGGAUCAUUGAGAGAGGAAGUGACCAUUUUUCUCGAUGUCAAUCGGCACCAAUAUUAAGCAUAAAGAAACCUUCAUGGAAUGUAUAUGUGUAUAUAACCCAAUCUGGAAAGAAAUUAUUGUAAAUAUAUAAGACGGUUCUCAAUAAUCACAGAAGGAACCACCACUGCUUCGAUCUUGGAGUUUCCUGGAGAUGAUGGAGUCGGAAAACAGGAUAUCUGAUGAUUCAAGCGACCUGGUUUCACCACAACCUUGCUCAUUUCAGAAUGUUCAUUAUUUUUCCCUUUUCUUCCAUGGUUUUGUAAUCUGGUUUUGUCCUUGUGUGUGUGUAUAUAUAUAUAUAUAUAUAUAUAUGAAUUCUGUAUAUUGGCCUCUGAUACAUCACCGAAACUUAUCGAAGCACUGACAAAUAAUUUCA